UUGAAUAUUAACUGGAGAAAGUGUGUUCAGCCUCUUUAACUGAACUUUGACUUGAGUCAGACCACUUUCUCGUCUGUCAUGGCGUUGUUUUCGUCUCUCACUCCGGUGUUCGUGGCGAUUUUGUGUGUGAUUAUUGUGUUUCUCUUCAGAAGUUCCUCUAGUCGAAAGAUCAGAUCAAAGGAGAAGAGUUCAGCUGUGGGGAAAGUCAGACCAUGGGUGGACGAAGAUCUGCAGGAUGACACAGAAAUCAACAGUAAAGACAACGAGGAUGAAGAUGAUUGGCUUGACACUGGAGAGGAAGAGUUACAUCAUGUGCCGUAUAGCCCACCGCGAUACUCUGCUGCUGAGAUGCUGAAACGCUCAGAAAAGUUCUACUCGCUCAUGAAUCUCAGACGGUCCGUCCGGUUUAUCAGUCCAGAACCAGUACCAAAAGAAGUGAUAGACAAUGUCAUACGCACUGCAGGCACUGCACCGAGUGGUGCUCACACUGAGCCCUGGACGUUUGUGGUGGUGUCUGAUGUGGAUCUCAAACACAAGAUCAGAGAGAUUGUUGAGGAAGAGGAGGAGAUCAACUACAAACAAAGAAUGGGAGACAAGUGGGUCCAUGACCUGAAGAGACUUCGGACUAAUUGGGUGAAGGAGUAUUUGGAUAUUGCUCCAUAUCUGAUUUUAAUAUUUAAGCAGACAUAUGGAGUUCUGCCCAACGGCAAGAAAAAGACUCACUAUUACAAUGAAAUCAGCGUGUCAAUUUCCUGUGGCAUUUUAUUAGCUGCACUGCAGAAUGUUGGUCUGGUUACUGUGACGACCACUCCACUGAACUGCGGCCCACAGCUCAGGUCCCUCCUCCAACGUCCAGCCAAUGAGAAGCUUCUAAUGUUACUUCCUGUUGGAUAUCCUGCGUCUGAUGCCAAAGUGCCUGAUCUCGAACGCAAGGAUCUUAAUGACAUCAUGGUGUCUGUGUGACAAUAUUACCAAUAAUUAACUGCAACUUUACAAAUGUGAUGUCAUAAAAAGUGCCAAUUUGACUGUAUGAUUUUAUUCUGUGUAAUGGAGUAUUUUAAAAUUGGACCAAAUAUUCUACCUUACUUCCUUUUUUUUUAAACUUUUUUUUAAUCUUUUGACCAUAUAGUUACUUAAAGGAACAGUAAAAGAUUACAAUGGCACACACAUACAGUAUGUACAGUAAGACAGGGCCCAUUACUCGCUGAGUAUUAAGUGUAACUAUUGUUUUGAUAUGUUUUAAUAUGUCAAAAUCAAAAGAUAUGGCCUAUUUAAAUCUCUCAAAAAAGAGUAAGUGGCCUUGAUCCAUGCAAACCAUUAAAUUAAUUAUAUGUGUG